AUGGGCAAUAACUCCAGACAUUCCAAUUGUUUGUUCUUGGUGUCUCUCGGAGACUGGAUUAAAAAUGGCAUCAGAGGCGUGUGGUUUAAGGUGAACAUUGCAAAUGCAUCAUACAUUCCUAUUUUGGUCAAGCAUGGAUUUCUUUUUCAUCAUGCUAAAACAUCGUAUGUUAUGCUUACAAGAUGGUUACCAGCAAAUCAACCAAACUUACUUCCUCAGUUUCCACAUACACAUAUUGGUGUUGGUGGAAUGGUCAUAAAUGAAAAAAAUCAAGUUCUAACAAUUCAAGAAAAAUACCAUACAAAACCUCACUGGAAAUUGCCUGGAGGUUAUAGUAAUCCAGGGGAAGACUUUGCUGACACUGCUAAAAGAGAGGUUUUUGAGGAAACUGGUAUCGAAACAGAAUUUAUAUCUGUAGUGGCUCUUCGGCAUCAUCAUCAACAUAUUUUCAAUUGUAGUGAUAUAUAUGUUGUUUGUCAUCUGAAACCAAUUAAUGAAAUAAUUCAAAAAAGCAAAGAGGAAAUUUCCUUCUGUGAAUGGAUGGAUGCAGUUUAA